AUGCCCUGUUGGACAGAAUCUGCAGGUGAUCAGGAUUUGGAUUGUGGGAAAGGCUUUGAAGCUGGGGUCAUGGAUGAAGAACUGGAUGUAGAUAAAGAAGGGCUCAUGAGUCACCCUUGCUGGGCUGUGCUCUUUGGACUCUUCCUGCAGCUAUACCUCCUGAUGAUGACGGGGAACCUGACGCUGCUGCUGGUCAUCAAGGCUGAUUCCCACUUCCACACACCCAUGUGCUUCUUCCUGAGACACCUCUCCUUCCUGGAUCUUGGUUUAUGUUCAGUCAUCGUGCCCAAGAUGGAGAAUCUCCUGUCUGAGGUAAAAACCAUCUCAGUAAGGGGCUGCCCGGCUCAAGGCUUCUUUGCGUUUAUCACCGCAGGGACUGAAGCCUGCCUGCUCUCAGUGAUGGCCUGCGACCGCUGUGCCGCCAUCUGCCACCCUCUGCUCUACGGCCAGGUGAUGAGGAAACAGCUGUGUGUGCAGCUUGCGUGGGGCUCAUGGGCCUUUGGUUUUUUGAACGUUCUUAUGAACAUCCUCCUAGCUGCCAACUUGGACUUCUGUGAGAACCAUGCCAUCCGCCACUACAGCUCCUUCUCCUAUGUCCGCAUUGCCUCCACCAUCCUGAGCAUCAGCUCCACCUCAGGCAGAAGCAAGACCUUCUUCAGCUGCUCCUCCCACCUCACGACACUGAGCUUUCUUUAA